AUGGCAGGAGGGCACAACACAGCUGCUGGCCUGGUGCUGGCCUUUCUGGGUGGAGGGGGUAAAAAAGAUGGAAAGGGGGUCUGGAAUGGGGUGGUGACAGCAGCACAGCAAUGGCAUCUGGAUGGCACGUGCAAACUGUUAGGAUCAGGAGACUGGGAGAGGAGCCGGGGCACGCACAGAGGCGUCCCCACAUACUGCAAGGCUUUGUGCCAGGGAAGCAAGAGCCCGGAGACAUCAGCAGAGCAGAUGUCUGGUCAGGAGAGGACCACGUCUGUGGGACCGUCUGACACAAAGAGGGAACAUGGCUCCGGCACUGGCCGUCACCACAUGCUGGUGGCUCCAGCAGGACCCAAGAGAAGGCUGCUCCAUGCACAGGGUAUGGAGCAGCAUGGAUUGACUCCAGGCAGUUCCCUGACCUCUCAUUUCUCUUUACUGGGGUCUGAGAACACGUGGUGGUUGGAAUCACAGGGACAAAGCAUGUGGAAAACACUCCUGGAUAUGCAGCCCCACCUGCCUUCUCACCUUCCCCCACAAUGGCUCUGGCCAAUCUGUGUCUCACAGCAAAGUCAAAACGUGCACUCUCCCUCUGGUCCUCAUCCUUGCACAGUGGUGUAUUCCUUUGCCAGAGCCUGGCUGGCCCAAGCCAAAGCAAAAGCUGCUCCCUGCACCCUCCCUGUGAGGCCUCCGCAGCACCCAGCAUGCAGGCAGCAUUGCAGGCAGCGCUGCAGGCAGCAGAGCACGCAGGAGCCUGUAACCUGGCAGCGAGCCCCAGCAUGGUCCAUGCAGCCUGUUCAGCCCUGCGGGCUCCCACCCACCCCGGCCCUGCCGGGGAAACGGCUCAGCUGCAUCCAGAGGCUUCUGGAUGGGGGGCAGCAGCUGCCAGCCCCGUUCCAGGCCGUGCAAACCUCGGGCUAGUGGAGCAGUGCUAUAAAUAUCUCCCCUUGCGAGACCCGGUCACGCAGCCGAGAUCACGUAAGGGGAAGCGCUGCCCUCCUGCAGGUCUCGGAGCCUCGGUGCCUGCGCAGCACAGCCCCUGGAGUCCCCUCAUGUCCUGGUUCAUGGCCAGGGCACUGGGGUGCAGACCCCAGAAGUGGCUGGCACAGCAGUGUGCAGAUCAUGUGGGCAAGCACAGGCGGCAUUUCUGCCACCAGCAUAGAGAGUGGCAGAUGCCAGCCCCACGGAUCCCCCAUCUGCCCCCCAGCCACCCCCAACCCUCCUUUAAAAGCACAACACCCCUAAGCCCACCUCGUACAGUACCACAAAUGCCCUGCAUGAGACCCCCAUGCCCACCUACACAUUCACCCCUUCCUGCCGCACUCCGGGCACCCUGCACCCCCUGACCCAGAUGCAAAUCGCUGCAGCCCCUCUGUACCAUUAAACCUGCGGUAGGAUGAUUGGGGGAGCAGAAACCCCUCAGAUGUGGGGACGACUGCAAUCCCUGUUCCCUGCAGAGCCCCCAGCCCUGAGCAGCCCCCAGCCCGGGGAAGGGGGGAAGUGCUGCCCUGGCACACCCAGCCCUCGAACCACGCACCAUCGCCCCCAGCCCAGUUUACAGACGAUCAAGGCUCCCCUCCCGCCGGUACUUUUCCAUACACACCCUCCAUGGUCCUUUGUUCUGUGCAAAUCCCGGAUCCGGCCCGCUCUCGGCAUGGGGGUUGUAUAUACCCACUGUCCUCCCCGAAUUCACCCCACAGCCAGUCCCCCCUGGGUGCCCCCCUGCCCUUGGAAGGGGCGCGGGCGAGGGUCCCGGGACUCGGGGGGCUGAGCUCGGGCCCGGCCGCCCCCGCCCGCUUGCCUGGCUGCGGCCGCUGCCUCCUUCGCCUCUGCCCGGAGCCGAGACACCGGAGCCGCCGGGGUGCGCAGCCGCCACGGGGCAGCGGAGCCUUCCAGUGGUACCGGAGCCACCCGGGGCACCGGAGCCUGCCAGGAGUACCGGAGCCGCCCGGGGGUACGGGAGGUGCCGAGCUGCCCGGGUGCGGAGCCACCCAAAGGGACCAUCUGUGCUGUAGGGAGAGGCUGCUCUGCUCAAGGAUCUACCGCUGGAGCAAGCAAGACCCCAAGACGAGAGUGAGGUAGGAUGUCAAGGGGGCAUGGGGCAGGGGAGAGGGGUUCAGAGCCACCUCCUAUACAAACCAAAAGGGUCUCCCAGUGUGCAAUAUGGGACAUGCUGGGGCUGUUAUGAGGGCAGGGAGGUUCAGCAGGUACUUGAGGAGCACAGUAAGAGGUGACCAGUCCCUCCUGCUUGGCCCUGGUCCUAAACUUCCCAUACAGCAAUGGAGGGAUGCAGCCAACUGGCUGGGGAGGGAUCCCAACAGAGCCACAGCAGUCCCAGCUUAGGGCUGUGCUGAGAAAUCCAAGCAGCACCAGACGGACUCUUUGCUUGUCUUGGCUGUGCCCCCCACCCAGCAAAGUGCCCAUGGGCAGCAACGGGCCACGCGCAGAUCCAACCUGUCUCUGGCCACCCUCCUCCUGAGCCCAGUUCUGGGUCACUGCCACCACCCUGUCCCUGCCCCGAGCUGCUGCAGACGAGCUGAUGCUGAUCUGUUCUCUCUGUGGUGGAGAACGACUCGGCAGAAGGAAGGGAAGCCGAGCUGCUCUGGCAGGGAAAAGGCAAGUUAAACCCCCCCCACUGCCUGUUUUAGUGGGGAAAUCUGCACAAAUCCAGCGUUAUCCUGGUGGUUUGGGGCUGGGGCAGUGCCCAGCUGCUGGCAGUGCCUGCACAGCCUGGCACAGCCCUCCCUGGCCACCCGGUCGCUGGGCUGAGACCGCGCCAACUCGCUUCACCCAGGGCGAGCUAUGACAGCUCCCUGCUGAGCAUGGCUGGACUGGGCAGCCCAGCAGCCUUCUUGGCUUUGCCUGCUGGAAUGAGCUGAGGAGGAGGGCUGGUGCCCCAGCAGGGAGGAGGGGCUGUCACCAAUCUCCUGGUGACACUUGGCCAACUCAUUGCUUCCAGUCUCUACUGUUCCUUUCCAGCUGCCUGGGCUGGACUGGAGCUGCCUGGCUGGAGAUGGCUGUCCAGUGAGCCAUGCAUCCCCAGGUAGUCAUUAGGGCAGGGGACACUGUGGAUGAGAAGGGGAUGAGUGUAGCAGCUCAGGGCUCUUUGUGGGGUGAAAGAAGUUGGAUGACAGCGGUGGGAUGAGGGGUGGCACCACAGAACAGUGUGCAGGAGGGAAACUGAGGCACAGUGGCUGCACCCAGGGGCAGGUGGCCCUGUCCAGCUCUUUGGAGAGCAGUACCCGGGUGGAGUGGGCACAGCACUUCCCGGGAGGGCGGCAGAGCCGAUGGCAACCGAGAUAAUGCUGAAAAUACGCCAGUGGCUUUGUUGCCGGUGACAAUGGCCUGCAGUAUUUUUAGCUGUUGUGUCCUUAGCUACAGAACAGCCUCUCCGGUCCAGCUGCUGCCCCAUCCCACCCUUAGUGUCACAGGGUCCCCAUGGCCCCCCAGGGCUGCUUCCCGGCGCUGUGGAAACCGUAACGUUAGAAACUAAACACAAACACCUUACCCGCUGCCACCCCCGGCUGAGUCACAGCACUGCCUGCUCCCCUCGCCCCUGCCUCCCCCUCCCUCCUGCACACCCCCAGCGCCUAAAGCAGUAGCUGCUGCCCCAAAAGCCAGCCCCACUCUCACUUAUGGGAUAUUGCCUCUCCCAGGGUAAAGCUCAGGGUUGGCUUCACUUGCUUCCAUCUCAGGACUUCAAAAGAUGGGGAUUUGUGGAGAAAACUCUGCAGGGUGGCAUCACUGUCCCCAGCCCCGUGACACUGGGACAUCCCCACUGCAGAGUCAGACCCUGAGUGGCCCCCAGCUUGCCAGCAUGACCCCAGCCUCAGGGAUAAAAAGUCAGACAGGAACAGGCAGAGGCAGGAGCUGCUUUGUACUCUGUGUCAAGGGCCAGGCUGGGGUGCUGUGCCUGGCCCCCUUGUCCCACUGAAGGAGAAUGGGGUGUAGGAGCAGGAGGAGUUUUGGGGUCACAGUGGUGGUGAGACAUGGGGGAAUGAGGCAGCUCUGCUUGACCCUCAGGGGAGGUGUCAGCAUCUGACUCCAGCCAGACCCAGCAUAUCGAUGCUCACAUUUCACCUUGGUAGGGGGAAACAAGGGAUGAGUGGGACCCCAUCCCACCUCCCAGGGGUGACAGGGUGUCCCACUGCUGCCCUGUCCCAGCUCCCAUGGGAAUUUUGGGCUGCUUUUUUGUGAAGCUUGCAAGCUGCUGUAGGGCACAUGUGGCUGUGUCCCCAUAGUCAAGGCCACACACACUGGCACAGCUGCCCUCCUUCCAUGACCCACAUCUCAGGGCCCUCAGCACACAUGGGUGUUCAAGCACCGGGAGAGCAGCUGCACCACCUCUUCCCUAAAAUAAAGCUGUGGCCAGCAGGGAGGCUGGGGUGGGUGGCCGUGGCUGUGACUAUGUUAGGAUGUUCUGGGGCCGAGGGCAGAUCACAUCGCAGGGAUGAAUUAAUUAACACUCGGCAGUUUUGGAUGAUGUCCCAGGCUUCUUUUCUAUUUUCAUUUUAGCAAACUCCCAAGUCUGCUUGGCGCCUGCCGGGUCCCGAGUCUGGUGCUUGGGGGGGUGGGAGCACCCAUGUAGCUGCCUAAGUACCUGCAGGUGCUGGGGUGGCAUCACAGACACCCCACUGGCUCGAUGCCUCCCUGCUCCCCAAAAUUUGGGUGCUCUCCCUGAUCAUGGGGGCCAGUGCAGUUAAAAGCACUUUUCAGGGCCUGAUAGAGCCCCUACUUUCCUGCUGUUGGUUUCCUUAAAUCUCCAUCCUGCCUGCAAGAGGCUCACACACACACCUUGUGCUUGGCUUACACCUCUGAAAAUUAUCUGGGAAAGGGACUUUUUAAUAAAAGUUGUAAACACUCUCAAAUAGUACUUUUAUUAUUCCAAAACAGAGUGAGGAUGAAGGAUCAGGGCUGUGGGGUGCAUGUGGGAGGGGCUGGCCCCAAGUGAAGGAGCCUGGGGGGGGGUGUCAGUGCGUCCAGCUGUGCGAGCAGACACCUGUCUGGCUGGGUGUGAGUAGUACAGCUGCUAGUGUGUGGGUCUGGGGGUGCUUGCAUGGAACAGGUCAGGGCUGCUGUGCUGGGGCAGGGAUGUCCCUGCUGGGGCACAUGGCACUGCUCAACCUCAGUCCUCAGCCUCAUUUCCCACUGAUGAAACCGGCACUUCUCCCCAUCAGGCCUCUGCCUCCCCAGUCAAAGAAAGGGUGUGGCAGUGAAAACAUGCCCGUGCCUCCCAUGCAGGCGGCCAGGGAGAAGCCCUGCGCCAGGCAGCCUCACCCGCCCCCCCAACACCUUUAAAUUUAGCUUUUCCCUCUCCAGCUGCGCAAGCCAGGCUGGCGGCCAAAACCUCUGCAGCUGAACACGCCCCUUGGAGAGCAGCCGCUGCCUUGAUGGUCUCGGAGCCCCAGAAAGGCCCUGUGCUCGCUCCACAUGCACUGCCAUGGCUCACACCUGUGCUCACCUCAGCCUGUGCCCCGGGCAAGCGGGAAGGGAUCACAGGCCCAAGGUCCUCCCAGGGAAUUUGGGGCAGAGCUGAAAACGACUCCCCAGGCUCAAGGAGGGAGAUCCCUGCUAGCAAAAAAAGCUAGUCCAGCCCUGCUACCCCAGAGGAGCAGGGAAUCCAGCAGGCAUGCCCUGUGCCCACCUUCUCGGUGCUGCCUGCCCGGCUGAAACUAGGAGGGUGCAGCGCCACUCACCUGCACGCACACACACGUCACCUGCCUGUGUGUGCGUGCUCAGACACGGCACACGCGUGGCACAGGUGGCCCACUGAGCCUCGUGGCCGUGCCAGCACCCGUGGGCUCACCUGGGCACCCGUGGCUUGGCUAGGCACCCACCUGCGAGUGCCUGCAGCCCUGUGCGGGCGAGCACACGUGCAAGCACGGAGGUGUGCGUUAACACGUGGUGUUGUGCGUACGUGUGUGCACUCUGGGCACGUGUGCACACACACACAAAUUCUGGGCACUGGGGUGCCCACACGUGUGUGCAAAGCGCAUGGAGCCUCACUAGGAGUGACUGUGGGUGGGCAGCACUCGUGUGGGCUGGCGUGUGCUGUGCCCAGGCACCACCAGAUGGUGCCCUGCCUCCGUGUCACCUUUUGGGGACACAAACCUGCUCCCUGCGCAAGGACAUGGGGAGGUUCAUGAGGGGACACCUCCCUCUGUGCCAGGCAGAACCCCCACCAUAGCCAAGGGAGAGUGACAGCCACGGUGAUACCUGCCUGUGCCAACGCUUUCUUGGAGAAGAUCAAGGGGGUGGAUCAGCACGUUGGUAGCACUGGAGGAGGGGGCUUGCUGCAGGGGGUGGGCUGGUGGCAGGGAGACAGGCACAGGUCGAAGAAGCUGCAGGGUCUGUGUAUGAUUUGGGUGGGUGGGCAGCUCCCCCCUCCCCUACUGUGACCACACACUUUUUGGGUGUUAAGUGGCCCCUAGCCUGCAGCGACCAUAAACCUGCCCAGAAUAUGAGAUGCAGGCGUGGGGUGGGGGCUGCAGCGUGUCCCCACCCUCACCUCGUGAGGCUGAGACCCAACCAAACUCACCACACGCAGCCGCGGCAGAGAUGAGAGGAAAGACUAAAGAGGGGGGAGCCGCAAUUUCUGGUCCAUUCCUCUCCCAGCUCUAUGGGCUUCUGUCCCCACAUCCCCUGCCGGUCUGCAUGGGUCACUCCCAG